AUGGAGGAAGCCAUAAUAUGGUUUAGAAAAUCAAGAAGUAAUCAACAGCAACUUAUAGAUUAUGAAAAUCUGGACAAUGACCUUGUUAAAUUUCUAAAAAAUACACUAAACGAAAACAAAUAUCCAUUGCUUUGGAUUCCAUCCAACGAAUUAAGAAACAAACAAAAAAUUUUUGGAAAGGCCAUAUUUUCUGCGAAGUAUUCUGCUGAAUGGACAUAUUUACAUAAAACUGGAGUAAGAACAAAAAUGGUCAUUCUAAAAGUAAUUUAUAAUUCUAGAAAUAACUGUGAAUUACUUAUUAAAGAGGCACUAAUAAAUCUGGAAGAUAUAAAUGGUAAAUACUAUUCUGCAUUCAUUCAUGAAUUAACAAUGCAUACUAGGUCAGAUCUUUGUGAAAAUAUCGUUCGAUUUUUGGGAGUCACUAAAG